AGCAGUGCUGCCGUGGGAGCUUCUCUGUGUUCCCGGCACUGCUGCUGUCCCGCAUGCCCAACUGGGCAACCACUGGGCCAGGACGACUUCACCACCAGACCGGGUCAGUGCAGGAGUGGUGGCAGCCAGAAGAACCCCUGGGGACUCAGCGAUGCUGGGGCUGCGCCCACAGCUGCUUCGGGACUGGUGAGCAGGGUGGGGGAAAGUCCCAUGGGGCUUCAUCUGCUUGAGGGGCUGGGCCAGCAUGGAGCCAGCCAGUGCCCUUCCGAACACCUCCAGUAAUGGCAGCGGCGCCGGCAGCGCCCCACACUCACCUGCAGCCACGGGGCUUAUCUUGCUGGCCGCCCUGUCCGUCCUGCUAGCCACACUAGUGGGCAACGCUCUGGUGGUGGUGGCCAUCUCCACCAGCCGGGCCCUGCAAGCCCCACAGAACCUCUUCCUCGUGUCCCUGGCCUCAGCAGACAUCCUGGUGGCCAUCCUUGUCCUGCCUUUCUCGCUGGCCAAUGAGGUGAUGGGCUACUGGUACUUUGGUGGGCUGUGGUGCAGCCUGUACCUGGCUUUGGACGUGCUACUCUGCACCGCGUCCAUCGGGCACCUCUGUGCCAUCAGCCUCGACCGCUACUGGGCUGUCACACGGGCGGCACGGCUCAACCUGCGCCGCAGCCCGCGGAGAGUGAAGGGCAUGAUCGGUGCGGUCUGGGCGGCGGCGGCCUUGGUGGCACUGCCACCACUCCUGAGGCCACGGCCAGGUGGGCGGGAGUGCCAGCUGAGCCAGGAGACCUGGUACGUGCUGGCCUCCUGCGCCGCCUCCUUCUUCAUCCCCUGCCUCGUCAUGGUCGCCGUCUACUGCCGCAUCUACCGCCUGACUGCCCAGCGGACGGCCGCCCUGCUCGCUGCCCGCUCCCCACGCCCCACCAGCAGUGAAGGAAAGGUGUCAGGAGUUGGGAUGCCGGGAUGGCGGCGCCGGAGCCAGCACCAGAGUGUGUUGCUGUGCCGCCAGCGGCUGGUGCGUGUGCGGGAGCGGCGCUUCACCGUCGUGCUGGCUGUGGUGAUGGGUGCUUUCGUGCUGUGCUGGUUCCCCUUCUUCUUCACCUACAGCCUGGGGGCUCUCUGUGGGCAGGGUUGCCACAUCUCCAAGCCCCUCUUCAACUUCUUCUUCUGGAUCGGCUACUGCAACAGCAGCGUCAACCCCCUCAUCUACACCCUCUUCAACCGGGACUUCCGUGCUGCCUUCCGCCGGCUGCUCGCCAUCCCCCACCGGCACGGCACUUAGGGACCCAUUGGGACACCAGGGAUGUGGCCCCCAGUCCUGCUCCACAUUCACAGCACCUGCCCCACCACAGAUCCUGGAUGGCAGUGCCAGUGUGCAGCUCGAGGUGCUUCUGGAAAUGCAGGAUUGAAUAAAAUGAGACCAAAGCCUG